UCCAUCACAUAGCAGUACGAGCACAAGUAUCAUGUCCCAUGUACCCUGUCCAAACCCCUCAAGUCUGCAUGGUGACAUGGACAAACCACCGUCGGAUUCAGUCGCAGUCGCAGUCUCAGGAGCAUGGUGUGCUUGUCUCGGAGUUUCACGGAUCCCAUCGUUGCAUGAUCAAAGGUGUUCUCUCAGCCAUCGAUGUUCUUCUGUCGCCCACAGUAACCCAAGUAUCCUCGCCGUCAGAAUCCUCUUUUGGUGUCUUGGGGUGUGAUGUCACGGCUCUCUGCGGAUUUGCCCAGGUUCCGAAGAUCCAGGGAUUUUGCCUGUAAGUGAGUGCCAGUGAAAUCGAAGAGCAUUGUUUCCAUUUUUGUUCAAGUUGCAGACAUGAUGGGAGUGAUAGACGACAGUCAAAUUGACAAUUGCUUGGAUUUCCGGCUCUUGGAAUGCAAAUUCAUCUUCUGAAGGAGAGGAAUGGCCUCACAAAGCAUCGACCACGAAUGGACAACGCGAACGGAACGCCAUGGGAAACAAUCGGCAUGAUUGGUCCAAUGAGAUGAUUCUCGGGGAUGUUGAUCAUACUCAAGGGUGUUCAGACAAUCUGUGGCCUCACUCCGGGGCAUGAAUUCGAGGUGUAAUUUAUGUCAGCCAUGACCGGGAUGACAAAACAACUGUCUGGAAUCUCUUAACCAGCAGAUCUCGAGAGCCGGUCGAUUAUGAAGAGCCAGACAUGUGUCAGAUCAGGACAAGUAUGAAGAGUGAGACAGGCAGCAGACCAGCUAUCUGAAUGGCCAACACGGACGAAGCUCGUUCAAAGUUCGUGCAGCGAGCAUUGAAAGUCCGAGAGCUUGCAGUGUCGAAAUCGCUUGUACUACCUACCUCUUGAGUGACAUUUCGAGAUAAUCCUGGCCAUCUCGAACAAGAAAUCGCAUUGCCGAAAGGGUCCGGGAGGGGGGAGGGCGCUUGGGCAAGAAUAUGUCACGGUAGGACAGCCAGAGCAAGCACAGGGUAAAGACGAAUGUGAAUGCAGGCUGACUGAUCAUGGCCCUGAAAGGACAGCCGGGGAUCGAGCCAUGCGAAUUUCUGGUAGACGAUUCGCCAGAAGCAAGAAGAAGAGGAGGGGGGGUUCUUUACUCAGUGUGGACCCUCUUUGCCUAAUCUGCACCCUUACUCAUGGAAGUUUGAAACGCGGUCUUUCUGAACCACGUGUCGUUCAGGGUUGCUUGGGUAUGAAUUGGGACGUCUCGGAUACUACAACGGUGGUGACGACAGGUACAUGCGACGACUUCACCCACAGCAUCAGUCAGCGGAUGAGGCUGCAUUAUUGAGCAGCUUAUGUGAUGACUUACUGUAUUCGUCCACUUUUCUCUCCCGGAGAACAUUCCAGAGACUCACCAAAGUGUCCCGGUAGGAGCAAUAAACAUUGCAUUAGAGGCGAGUCCCCCCCUCCGUUGAUCAAACGGUCGAAUUUCAACCACAGCUUGCUCCCUCCUCUCCCAUCCAUGCCAAGAUGUUGUACUGCUUAUCACGCAGAUUGGUCGAUGGGGACUUGUACAGCAGGGUCAGUGAAUGGGCCUGCACAUCUCCAGUCAAGCGCAGUUCGGAUCGCGGCAGUUGAGUGGCAAAUAUCACAACGGCGAGUUGGCAACUACAAUCUUUCUGUUUUCAACAAGCGGUGGGAAUGUUGGAGGGAUUCACCGGAAUGUUUUUUUUUGCAGAAGCACGAUUCCACGGAGUUGAGACAGACUCCGGCAGUCUGAUAAUCUUGUAGUACAAUUUCAUGAUUGCUUAAGUACGAAUGCUCUCUUUUCGUAGGCAGGACUUGGUGAGAUCUACCUAGAUAGCGAGUAUCUCUGCUGAGCCCCUUGUCUCAGUUA